AUGAUGCGAACAUGGAUUCGAUUCCUGGCGUUGGCGGUAUUGGUGAUUCUGCCUGCAGGGCAGCUCCCUUUACCCCGCACGCUGCCUGGAUGCGGUGCACCCGCUCCUGGCGCGCCCACAGCUCCAUUACAAGAUGCCGUGGAGGGCAUCGCUGGGCUCAUGCAGCGCUUUGAGCAAAUGCAGCCGCAAAUAGCCACGCUGCCUCCCGCUGAACUGCAGCAGGUUGCAGAGCCAGCGCAAAGGUUGCAUGAGCGCUUCGAAGCCAUGCAGCAGAAGCUGAUGACCAGAAGCGGAGGGCCAGACUUAGAAGAAGAAGCCAUUGUGUUUCACAGAGACUUGGCCGUUUUUGUGGACCAGGUCUCAUCCAGGUUGGGCAUAACUAGCCCAGCAAGACCUGCAAGAUCGGGCUUGGUAGGUUCGGACGGCGCGGGAUUUGCGCCUGUGUCUUUGGGAAGCUUGCCAGGCCAAGGCAGCGCAGUGCCUGGGAUUGGAGGUGCUGCUUCGGAGUCAACAGAGCGGAGGCUGCAAGCAGCCAUGCAGGCGAUCCAGUCAGGCAUGCAGCGCUUCGAGGCUUUGCAUCCCAAGCUCCCCAACUUACCUCCCCAGGCCUUCAACACUCUGGCCAACAAGGCUCAGCAGCUGCACGAGGAGUUCCUGACCUUGCAGAAGAAAGGCAUCCAGCUCGCCGGAGACGGCCGUCAGCCUAUGCUUGAGGCGGACGCCGCGCCGUAUGCCGAUCAGCUGGAGUCCUUCGUUUCCAGGCAAAUCAGCCUCGUGAACGAAGCGGAGCAGCAGGUCCAGCAACUAGCCACGCUAGCCAGCUCAGGUGGAGGUUAUCAGGGAAUGCUCGGCCACCGACUCCCAAGUGGCCUUACACCGAGCCCACGGGAGCCGGGGAUGGCAAACAUCCCACAAAUGCCUCCGAUGCCUCCGGCGCAGACGCAAAUGCAGGCAUCCAUUCCGGGCCAGGUGACGCCGGCAACUGAUGCCAAGCUAUCUGGCAUGAUCGACAAAGUCAUCAGGCUGAUGCAGGAGUUCCAGAGCCUAGUACCGCAGCUCACGCGCGUGUCGCAGCAGGCAAUCGCCCCUCUGGCCAAUGUGGGUGCCUCGUUGGACACGCGUUUCCGUGAACUCCAGCGAAGGGGCAAUGACAUCGCAGGUGACACAACUAGGCCAAUGACGGAGAAUGAUGCCAGCGAGUACCUGCAUGAGCUAGAGGCAUUCUACGCAGAGCAGGAGCGGUACGUCGAGCAGGUCAAGGAGAUGCUCAAGUCCAACCCGUCGGCUGCUCCAGGUUUGAGAGCGCCGGGAGCGGGAAUAGGCCUUGGGAGUGCUCGGCUCGAAGAUCUGCGAGGUGGCCCUGCAGGUCCUGGUGCAGCAAACGGUGCCAGCGGCAUGUCCACAAGUGGUUUGCAAGAAGCGGCUCCAGUUUCUGGUGCUGGGAUUGCAGGGUUUGGAGGCGGUAAUUUCCAGCCCAGUGGCACUUUUGGUGCGGGACUUCGGCCUCCUAGUCCCAGCAUUAGCUCCACAGGGCUUGGACAAGGCCUUGGUGCUGCACCAAUGCCAAGCCUUCCAGGCUUCGGAGGGGGUUUUGGCAAAACCCUGCCAGUCAACAGCUUUCCAAGCUCCUCGGGCGGUUCGAGAACGGGCCCAGCUGGCAUCCGACCUGAUGUACAUCUACCAAAGAUAGAGGCACCUGGACUCUCGAGCCUCGAAGAGAUGGGCAGCGUGAAACUGAACACUGCUGUGUUGCCGGAGAAUGGUGUGGGAGUUUGCAGUGGAGGUGCGUCAUGCGGCGACAAUCAGAGCCGCCAGAGUUAG